AUGGCGGUCAGCUCUCCCUCGCAACCGACACCUACCUUGUCCCUUUUGAAAACCCUCCACCCCCCAGGGUCGGGGGCGAGUCGGGCAUGGCAAUCGAGCCCGCAUCCAGAUCCGUCCACACCGCUGCUUGCGACCGGGUCUGCAGAUAAAUCCGUCAAUGUCUGGUCGCUGCGGGAUUUCGCCCUGGUCUCGACGAUCAGCGGGGGCCACAAGAGGAGCGUGAGGACGGUGGCGUGGAAGGACUUUGGGGGCAGCACCAAGGUCAGGACGAAAACGGAGAAGAGGAAACCCGUCGUGUUGGGCACCGGCAGCUUCGAUGCGAACGUCGGGAUCUGGGUGUGGAACGAUGAGCGCAGGUGGACGGCUUUUCGGGACGCAGGCGAUCACCAACAGAAUGGGGACGAGCAAACACUGCAGCAGAAUGAAAGAGGCAUCUCCUCCGACACAGAUGAAGUCGACAUGACCCACGACCAUGCCGGCGACGAAGAUGAAGAGUGGCAUUUUUCCACGCUGCUCACCGGUCCCGAUUCCGAGAUCAAAUCCAUCGAGUUCUCGCCUCCCCAUUACCCGGCCAGUCUGUUGGCAACCAGCUCAAGAGACAAGAGUGUUUGGAUCUGGGAAGAGGUGGAGCCCGAAGAAUGGGAAACCAUUGCAGUCUUGAGUGAGCAUACGGGCGACGUCAAAUGCGUCGGUUGGUGUCAAGGAGCAAGAAGAGGGAACGGCCGCAGAUCAAAGCGAAGAAAACUCGGAGGUGCGGGAGACCGGGACGGAGAUGUCGAUAUGGGAGACACAAUCCCGCGAUCAAACGGCGUUGUUCCGGGAACGACGAGAACCCAACAAGAUAUGGAUGUCGAUGAAGAAGACGAGGUCGACAUUCUUGGCUCUCGCCCUAUCCUAGCGAGUGGCUCAUACGACGACACCAUCCGCCUCUGGCGCGACGUGGAGGAAGAAGGCGACUGGAUUUGCGUCGGUGUUAUCGACAAGCACAAGGGGACGGUGUGGGACCUCAAGUGGGAAAAACACAUCAACUACUCUCUCCUGGACCUGUCGCAGUGUCUCCACGAACGUGACCGAGAAGUCGCCACACGGGAAUUCGAAGCGGACUGGAUGCCUCGCAUCGUCUCGUGCUCCGACGACCUUAGCGUGCGUGUGUGGAGACGAGAACUCAGUGAGACCGAGAAGGAGAAACGGAGAACCCAGUCGCAAACCCAGUCUGCACCCACAGGCUUUGCGUCAUCGCGAAUCCCCAGCGUGAUCCGCCCGAUGAGUGCGAUGGAGAAAUGGGUCGAAGACGCCACCUUGCCCGCUGUGCAUGUCCGGAGUGUGUACGCGGUGGACUGGUCGAAAAGGACGGGGAUGGUGGUGAGCUGCGGUGGAGACGGCACGAUCGCCGUGUACAGGGAGGUACCUACCACUGCGCCAGCCUCGACAACCGACAACAACACUACUGCUGUCGCUGGUGGAGACGUGGGAGACGACGUCGUGAUGAACGGCAUCACAUCACAAGCCAGUCACGUAGAGAACGCCGCACAGACGGACGCGCCGUAUAAAUUGCACGCCUCGAAGUGGGAGAUCGUGGCCGUCUUGGAAGCCGCGCACGACGAGUUCGAGAUCAACCACGUGUGCUGGGCCGAGCGGCGAGACAAAGACCGACGGUUCGACGGGGAGGAAAUGAUCGUCUCGACCGGCGACGAGGGCGACGUCCGGAUAUGGACCUUGCCUGAAGACCUCCUGGCCGAGUCAGGUUCGGUGUCUGAGUCUGACUGA